CCUCCCAAGCAGCGUCCUUCUCACAGGAGCCGAGCUGCGUCGCGAGGCGCUCACAUGUGCUUCGAACACCAUGUAGUCACCGGGACUCUCCGUCAAUAACACGCAUUUCACACCAACAGCUUUAACUCCACCAUCGGGCUGGAGAAGAUGAUCGCCACGGCGGGGGAGAACCAAACCAGGAGUUCGGAAGAGGCAGCCGGUCGCCGGCAGCUCUUGACGCCUUGCUCCCGCUGACCCGAGCCGCCGCGCCGCUCCUUCAUGCGGCCGCUUAGCACCUCGGCCGCACACUGAGUCCCGAUCCACAGACGAGAGAGACCUUCAUAUCUUUGCCUGGAACCUGGGACGACACAAUGGCGGGUCAGGGUGACUGCUGCGUGAAGGUUGCAUUGAGGAUCCGUCCUCAGAUGGCCAAGGAGAAGAUCGAGGGCUGCCACGUGUGCACGCUGGUCACACCCGGAGAGCCGCAAGUCCUCCUGGGAAAGGACAAGGCCUUCACUUACGAUUUUGUUUUCGAUGUGGACUCGGAGCAGCCAAACAUCUACCAAGCGUGCGUGCACAAGCUCAUCGAGGGCUGCUUCGAGGGCUACAAUGCCACCGUGUUUGCUUAUGGCCAGACCGGCUCAGGGAAGACCUACACCAUGGGUACUGGUUUCGACGUGAACCUGAGCCCCCUGGAGCAGGGCAUCAUCCCGCGUGCCGUUCAUCAGCUCUUUGAAGGCAUCGAGAUCAGGAAGGAGCACGCCAAGGAGGCCGGCACCCAGCCCCCGGAAUUCAAAGUCAGCGCCCAGUUUCUGGAGCUUUACAAUGAGGAGAUUCUGGACUUGUUCGACGGUGCCAGAGACCCAGACUGUCGAAGCAGGAAAUCCAAUAUAAAAAUUCACGAGGAUGCAAGUGGGAGCAUCUACACCACCGGGGUCACCUCGAGACUUGUACACUCCGAGGAAGAGCUGCUGCAAUGUCUGAAGCUCGGCGCUCUGUCCCGCACCACCGCCAGCACGCAGAUGAACGCCCAAAGCUCCCGCUCACACGCCAUCUUCACCAUCCACCUCUGUCAGAUGAGAGUCUGCCAACCGCUACAAAUGCCCAAUGGAGACGAGGUCACGGAAGAAUUAAAUGGCGUGGACUCAAGCGCCAUCGAACAACCCGAGUUUGAAGCUCUGAUGGCCAAGUUCCAUUUUGUGGACCUGGCUGGUUCUGAGAGGCUCAAACGCACCGGAGCUACAGGAGAGCGAGCCCGCGAGGGAAUCUCCAUUAACUGUGGACUGUUAGCCUUGGGAAACGUCAUCAGCGCUUUAGGAGAUCAGACCAAGAAAGGCGGCCAUGUUCCCUACAGAGACUCCAAACUCACUCGGCUGCUGCAGGACUCAUUAGGAGGCAACAGUCGUACGGUGAUGAUCGCUUGCGUCAGUCCGUCUGACCGUGACUUCAUGGAGACCCUGAACACGCUGAAGUAUGCCAACCGGGCCCGGAACAUCAAGAACAAGGUGGUGGUGAACCAAGACAAGACCAGCCAGCAGAUCAGUGCCCUGCGUGCCGAGAUAGCUCGUCUUCAGAUGGAGCUGAGCGAGUACAAGGCGGGUAAGCGUGUGGCAUGUGAGGACGGUUCGGACGGUUACAGCGACCUGUACCAGGAGAACGCCAUGCUCCAAAGAGAGAACGAUACACUGCGCCUCAAGGUGAAGGCCAUGCAGGAGACCAUCGACCAUCUCAACACGCGAGUAACACAUUUGCUGGCCAAUGAGGUCAGCGUGCUCCUCACCAAGUCAAGUGAGGGCAACCAGGAGAUUGGGACUCUAAUUCAGAACUACAUCCGAGAAAUUGAAGAACUCAGAUCCAAACUCCUGGAGAGCGAGGCCAUGAAUGAAUCUUUGCGACGCCAGGCUGCUCGUCUGUCCUUUCAUGCUUCCCUCCCAUCUUCUGCUCGGAACGCUGCCUCCGGGCAUCCUCCCGGCUCCUGCCCUGCAGUCAUGUCCAUGGAGGCGGAGAUGACGGACGUGUUGCGUCGAGCCAAGCUGGACAUCGAGAGGCUGAAGAAAAAGGAGAGGAGGCAGAGGAGGAUGAGUCCAGAGUUGGAGAAAGGUUUGAAGAAGCGAGUGAAAUUACACACCCAGGAGAACGGACACAGCGGACAGAAUGGACAGAACGGAGAGGUGGAUUCGGACGACAAUUACGUUGAGGACAUCAUGUCUCCGUUGCAGGAAGAGAGUGGCUGCGAUGAGGAGGAGGAGGAGGAAGAAGAGGAGGAGGAGGAAGGGAGAGAGGAAGACGAGGAGUUCGACACCGACGAGAGCCUGGUGGACUCGGACUCGGACACCGACGAGAAAGCCAACUUCCAGGCCGAUCUCGCCGAUCUGACAUGCGAGAUCGAGAUCAAGCAGAAGUUAAUAGAUGAGCUGGAGAACAGCCAGCGGAGGCUCCUGAUGCUGAAGCUCCAGUACGAGGAGAAGCUCAUCCUGCUGCAGAACAAGAUCCGAGACACGCAGCUGGAGAGGGACCGCGUGCUGCAGAACCUCAUGUCCAUGGAGAACUACACAGAGGAGAAGGCUAACCGCAUCAAGCAAGACUAUGAAAAACGUCUCAAGGAGAUGAACCGGGAUCUGGUGAAGCUCCAGACGGCACAGAAGGAACACGUGCGCCUCCUUAAAAACCAGGGCAAAUAUGAACGGGAGCUGAAGAUACUCCAAUCCGAGGUCAAUGAGAUGAAGAAAGCUAAGGUGGCGCUCAUGAAGCAGAUGAAGGAGGAGCAGCAGAGGAGGAGGUUGGUGGAGGCCAAGAAGAGCCGUGAGAUUGCCCAGCUCAAGAAAGAGCAGCGACGGCAAGAGUUCCAGAUAAGAGCACUGGAGUCUCAGAAGCGGCAGCAGGAAUUGGUUCUUCGUCGGAAAACUCAGGAGGUAACCGCCCUACGCAGGCUGGCUAAACCCAUGUCGGACCGUGUGGCCGGACGCGUGGCCCGCUGGAACCAGACUCCGCCGGUUAGCGACUCCGGAGCGGAAUUGUCCGCCAGCACCGCAGCGAGCAGCUCGGAAGCCGAGAGCGGGAGAACCGUGAGCGGGAUGGUGCGGCAGUGGAAUAACAAAAACAAUACAUCCGGCUAUCUGGGGGAAAGCGAGGGCAGCAUGGACGGAACCCGGGUCAUCGGCAGCAGGAAGAAGCUGCAGCGUAAUUCCGUGGGUCUCGGCGGCACCGUGACGGCGGCGAGCCGAGCCGGAAGCUUCUCCAAGACGGCUCGGCAGAAGUGGCUAGCUCUGGAGCGUCGUGUCACGGACAUCGUCAUGCAGAGAAUGACCAUCGCUAAUGUGGAAGCUGACAUGGACCGACUCAUAAAGAAGCGAGAGGAGCUGACAGCUCAGGAGGAGGCGCUCUCACACAAGAGGGAGGUCUUAAUGGCGGAUGGCGAAGGCCCGGAAGCAGAGGAUCGCCUCUUACUGGAGAUCAAUGAGGACAUCGAGGUUCUGAACGCCAAUAUCGACUACAUAAAUGACAGCCUCUCUGACUGCCAAGCCACCAUCGUGCAGAUAGAGGAGACUAAGGAUGAGUUGGACUCGGUGGACACCUCGGUCGUCAUCAGCUCAUGUUCCCUAGCUGAAGCACGCCACCUGCUGGACCAUUUCCUUAAGGCCUCCAUUGACAAGAGUUUACAGGUGGCUCAGAAGGAGAGUCAGAUCAGACUGCUGGAGGGUCAGCUCAGACAGACCGAUGUAAUUGGUUCGUCCCAAAAUCACAUGAUCCUCGACGCCCUGCGAGAAAAGGCAGAGUGCAUCCCUGAACUCCAGGCUCUCAUCCACAACGUCCAGCAAGAGAACGGCUACGCCAGCACAGAUGAGGAACCGUCUGAGUUUAGUCAAGCCUCGGACAACAGUGUCUCUCUCAUGAAAGAAUCCAACAGCCAAGAUGAUUUCAAAAUAAAGAUGGAGCCUCGUCUGUCAGCUCAGAUGAAGGCGGUGUCGGCCGAGUAUCUGGGUCCCGCCCUGGAGGCCUCGACGGGCGGCAAGCAACAGCAAAUCACCAAGUCUCUGGCGUCGCUCACUGAUAUCCGGGAAGAUGGUCAGGGCACGGCCACGGCCAGCCUCAGUCUGGGUCUGUCUCUACGUGACCCCUACCUCAGGGAACGUGCAUCACGCACCAUGAGCCUACCUAUCCGAGGACACACCUUUCCCAGGCAAUCGCGGGGCUACGAUACGUCUCCCAUCACAAGAAGGAAAUCUUACGACCGUUCAUACAGGCCAACCGAUGGCUAUACUCCCCCCUCAUCGCCUCCUCUGAGGACCAGGAAUGACCGCAACGUGUUCUCGAGGCUCACUAGCAACCAAAGCCAAGGUUCCGCUCUGGACAAGUCUGAUGACAGCGACUCCUCGCUCUCCGAGGUGCCCAGGGGUGUGAUCAAUCCCAUCGGAGGUGUCAAGGGGGGUCGGACAGCACCCCUGCAGUGUAUGUCUGUAGCCGAGGGCCACUCCAAGCCGGUUUUGUGUGUGGAUGCCACAGAUGAGCUGCUGUUCACUGGAUCCAAAGAUCGUACGUGUAAGAUAUGGAACCUGGUGACGGGUCAGGAGAUCGUGACACUCAAAGGACACCCUAACAAUGUGGUCGCGGUUAAAUACUGUCCUUCGUCUGGUCUGGUCUUCUCCGUCUCUACGUCCUACAUCAAAGUGUGGGACAUACGAGAUGCGGCCAAGUGUGUCCGUACGCUCAGUUCAUCAGGACAAGUCGUGUCAGGUGAUGCGUGCGCUGGCGCCACCACCCGCACAAUAACGUUUGCACACGGCGAGUGUCAGAUCAACCAGAUUGCACUCAACCCGUCAGGCUCUGUGUUGUACGCGGCGGCUGGAAACACUGUUCGCAUCUGGGACCUCAACAGGAUGCAAGCUAUGGGCAAGCUGACAGGCCACAUCGGUUCCGUCAUGUGUCUGACGGUGGGAAGGUCUCUGCUGGGCAAAGACCAAGUCAUCACCGGCUCCAAAGACCAUUACGUCAAGGUGUUUGACGUGGCAGAGGGAACACUGGGUAACGUCGGCCCGGCUCAUAACUUUGAGCCGCCACAUUACGACGGCAUCGAGUGUUUGGCGGUGCAGGAAAACGUACUGUUCAGUGGCUCGAGAGAUAACGGCAUCAAAAAAUGGGAUCUGGAGCAGCAGGAGCUCACUCAGCAAAUCCCCAUUGCACACAAGGACUGGGUGUGCUCCCUGGCGUACGUUCCCGGGAGGCCGCUGUUGCUCAGCGCGUGUCGGGGAGGAAUGUUGAAGGUGUGGAACGUGGACAAUUUCACUCCCAUAGGAGAGGUCAAAGGCCACGACAGCCCCAUCAAUGCCAUAUGUACCAACUCCAAGCAGAUCUUCACUGCAUCCAGCGACUGCAGGGUGAAGUUAUGGAGCUAUGUGCCUGGCUUGACCCCCUGUCUUCCUCGCCGGGUGCUCGCCAUCAAGGGCCGAGCCACCAGCCUCCCAUGAUUACCACCUUCCCUCCUCCCUCUGUGACAAGACGGUGAAGAUCUGGCUGUCAAAGGUGUGGAGGAAGAGGUGACAACCCGAGUGAUGGUGGUUUUUCGUGCAACUUCAGCUGUGAUCUGUGACCUCAACCCCCCCACCCCCCCCCCACUCCCCCCCACACCACCACCGCUAAGGCAAACAUUUUUUUUUUAUUUAUUUGUCACUGUGAAAAAUGGAACAUCUCCUUGAAAGGAAUUUAAAAGUGCCAAGGAAAACAUCUGGCUCAACCAUUUCUCUCAUAACACACCUGAUGUGGAAUUUCUGAGAAGAAGGCCUGCUUUUUUUUUGAGGGGGGGUGAAAAGUAGAAUACCCAUGGACCUUUUGUGUGAAAUUCAUCACUUUCUCCAAUCAGGAUGACUUAUUUUUCUGCAUCGUUAUCCUUCCUGGCUUCAAAUAAUCUUCAUUAUGAUCAACAAGAAGGUUCAAAUGUUCUUUUCCCCUACCUCAGUUGUUUUGAACUUGGGUCCGGCGUGGGCGAGGACAUGUUUACGGGUCUCUUUGUGCUAAAAAAAAAAAAAAAUCUGGUGCUGGACUCACCCGGCUCAUCUUCAUCAUCUUUGCGGAUGCAUCCCCUGCUGGCUCUGUGGCUAUCAAGACCGUCUCACUGCUGACCUUGCAAACAGGAAAGCACACAUCCAAGUAGCACAAGUGAGGUGAUGCCGCCCCUGGAGGAUCUCACCGGACUUCAUUAUCUUCUGCAGAAAGUGCUAACGACAGCAGAAACACAAAACACCCCUGAAGACUUAACAGACCACAUUACAGUCAGGCGCUGGUAUCCACGGCAACAUUGCUUUGUUUUUGGAUUUUUUUUGGAGGCGGAGACAAAUAAUAUAUUUCAAAUACUACUUGAAAACAUGCAGUCCAACGGUCCAAUUAUGAGUCCGAUCAUGCUCGCGGUUCUCCUUACAAGGUUGCAUUGAAGAUUUGCACUACAGUGGAACCGUUAAAAUCAAACUUACUUACUAAGAACUUUAUUUAUCCGUUAGCAACUUUAUUUGUGCACAAAUAAACCCGUUUGACAUUAAUAUAACAGUCUGACAAAUAACGCUAAAGUCAUCACACACCAACUUAACACAAUAAAUAAGUAAAUAAAUACAUAUACAAAUGCUGUAUGUACCAAUACAAGAAAAAAAAUUCAUUUUAAAGCAUUUUAUUGGAGGACAAGCAGCAUUAAAAAUGGACGGAUGAUACUGCAAUACUGCCUCUGUACACCUCUGAGGAAGUUGAAUAAGCCCAGAGGGAGGCUGAUGUCAUUGCAGUGUCCCCAUGAAUGCGUUCCUCAGACACAAUGCAUUCAAUUUUUAAUUUUCGUAUUUGUACCUGUUUGUAUAUUUGUCACAUGAAGUGUUAAGUUGCUGUGUGAUGACUUUAGUGUUUGUAAGAUGACAGUGACGUUUGCGUGUUUACAUUGUAACAAGGCUAUAGAGUGAUCUGUAUGAUAGCAUCAAUUAUUAUCCUAUUCUGAUCCAAUGUCGUCCUAUUUGAGGUACUGAGGUACCAGUAUGUACAGUACUCGCUGUCUACUUCCAGCUGUUCACACCGAAGACUCUCUCCCAGCUACUGAGGUUGUCUGAAGUCAAAUUUAAUUAGAUGUCUCCCAUGUCUCCCAGCUGGUCUGCAGGCAAGAUUAUUAGGGGGAAACCAGGUCAUAACUGAGGGAUUUGAAAGCCCCCGUCCACCCACACUUAUUGCUGCUCAAUUCAAAGAUGGAAGGAUAUUUCAUGUGCACUGAUAAUUCGCAUCCGUUUAUGCGGAAGGUCUGGCGCGGCAGCACAAGCAAGCACAAACUAGUCUUGUAAAAUUCCACUUCAUUUGGCAGUACGGUGUCUUGCUCGGUGGGUUUAAUAGCGUCUUUUCGUGUCACUGUCCUAUAAAGAGCGUGUGCAGUCAUCCCUCGACACUUAAGCACGUCUUAUCAAAAUAAAUUAAUAAAUCAGUCAGUUUCAUGGUGGAGUGGUUAGCACGCAGGCCUCGCAGCUAGGAGACCCGAGUUCGAUUCCAUCCUCGGCCAUCUCUGUGUGGAGUUUGCACAUUCCAAAAUCAUGCUAGGUUCAUUGGCGACUCCAAAUUGUGAGUGUGAAUGGUUGUUUGUCUAUAUGUGCCCUGUGAUUGGUUGGCCACCAGUCCAGAGUGGACCCCGCCUCUCGCCCCAAGACAGCUGGGAUAGGCUCCAGCACCCCCCUGGUAGAAAACGAAUGAAUGAAUGAACAGUUUUGUGGUUGACCGUGUUCUACCAUCAUAGAACGAUCAUAAAAUUUUACGUUUUUUUUUUUUUGACAAAAUUGAGCUUUUUCAAGCAUUAAAAUGACUACAUGAAUGAAAAAUACAAAUAUAACGCAUUCAAAUACGCAAUAUGUAGUAUUCCACACCGGUCACUAGGUGUAAUGUUACAAUAAUGAGACAAUAGCCACCGCAGUACCCACAAUUAAUCCUAUGAUUAAUUAAUUAUGAUUAGUCUGUUAAAUCUUAUUCAUGUCUAAUAUGUCUUAUUUUCCGUUAUUAUGUCUACUACAAUGGGUAACGCGAGUGUAAAAGUGACUAUAGGGGUGCUAUUUCAAGUCUGGAGGGCUCUAAUAAUGUUAACAAAAACUUAUUUAUAAGGUCGUAAAUAAGUUUCAUAUGCUCUAAUUACGGCGGCACGGCGGUCUGUUGGUUAGUGCGCAGACCUCACAGCUAGGAGACCAGGGUUCGGUCCCCGCCCUCGGCCAUCUCUGUGUGGAGUUUGCAUGGUGUAUGCAUGAGCGAGCACAGAGGCGUGGGUUUUCUCCGGGUACUCCGGUUUCCUCCCACAUUCCAAAAACAUGCUAGGUUAAUUGGCCACUCCUGUUUGUCUAUAUGUGCCCUGUGAUUGGCUGGCGACCAGUCCAGGGUGUACCCCGCCUCUCGCCCGAAGACAGCUGGGAUAGGCUCCAGCACCCCCCGCGACCCUCGUGAGGAAAAAGCGGUAGAAAAUGAAUGAAUGAAUGCUCUAAUUACGAAAAUAUACGAUUUAUGAAUAAGUAAAAAACCUACUCUCUGGAAAUUCACUUAUCACUGUCGGGUCUGGAAUCAAUGAACAGCAAUAAACAAGGGAUUACUGUAUGAAAUUAUGUUAAAAAAUCAUCAACAUGAAAAUGCUUGUUAUCAGACAGUUCCAGUGUACAUUUCUUUUCUUUUUACCUGUACCCCGUACCCCCGUUUCGUUCAGCUUAGUGUCUUCCAAGCCAAUGAUGUGGGUUGAUGACUGAGUGGGCGUGUUCUUGGUUUCUGUAUAUUUGCUAUGAUGAGAAACUCAGGUACAGGUUGAAGGAUUAUUUUUUGUUUCUGUGUAAUUUAUUUAAAAUCUUCAUAUAUUUCAAAUGCCUUUGUUGACUUAAAGAAAAAAAAGGUACUAUCAGUGCUAUUCAUGUUUGUACAUUUCUUGAUUUUAUCGAUAAUCUUUUGUGUACAUACGUACUUUUAUGUAAAAAUUUUGAUGAUGUCUUUAAAAUCGGGCCAAAGUGUGAAAAGCUGAGAAUUUUUUUUUUUUUUUAAUGGGGGGGUUUGCUUCCUGUUUUAUGUGAACUCGAGGUCACCCUCCACUGGACUCUUAUCUGUGCCAAUUAGCCCAACUAACAGCGUUUGCAACGUGAAUUCUAUGUCAUAACAUGCUAGAAAAAAGGUUACGUUACUUUUAUCCACUGUGAGGUUCCCUCUGCUUUUACAUAUUUAUGGUACAGUCUGAAUAUUUUGCACAUUUUCGAAGUAGAAGUUCAUCUCUCACUGGAAAAAAAAGGUUCAGUGAUUUAAUAUGGAAGGAUUUCACUGUCUUUCCAGUCAACAUAAUCUUUAAAUCUGGUCUUUAUUAUCUGGAAAAAAAAAAAAAAAGUCAAACCCGCUACUGAUUGGUGCUGUGUAAAUAGUUCCAUAACUUUUUCAAUUUUUAUGUAAAUGCACUGACAUCGAGUUAUUCCGCAAAGAAAGUAUUAAGGCCACACUGACAAGAAAGUAACAUUCAGUCAUUCAGUGUUUUGUCACAUCAUCAGUAGGAUUAUUUGAACGCGUCGGAGAAAGGAAUCAAUUCUCCAAUAUUUAAUGGUUUUGCCUUAUUUGGUGCGUUUAAGUUCAUGUCAGGAUCGUAGGAAUUUGCCAUUUUGGACUCUUCUACAACUUUAAUCAAAUAACAUUGCAAUUCUUUUGUGUUUUGUGUGGCUUUAAUACUUGGUACAGUACUCUGCAAGUUAGGACCCCCGUGCACUUUGGAUGCACCAUAACUGUGAAUAAUCCACAUAUAAACAAAACGUAGUCUUAGCCAGGAUAUUGACUGUGCCUGCCAAAUAUGGCACUCAACACAUUUUCGGAGCAUCGAUAGCUUCAGCAAACAGAAGUAUUUGUGAAGAUAACUUAAGAUAUGCGUUUCUUGUAAACGCGGCGGUAUUGUAAAUGUUGGGAAAAGCAGCAUGCGGGACUUUUUAUUAAUGCGAGUCCAACUUCAUUUCUCUUGCUGUCCAGUGGCACUUUGAAUACUUCAUAACAAAAAAAUAUAUAACAAAGAUAUGAAAAGGAUUACAGUACUACAGUGAAACCCUUUUAAAGGGAAACUGCACUUUUUCUGCAAUUUUGCCCAUCGUCAACAAUCCUUAUGUAAGACAGGUCUUUCUCUUUUGCGUUCUAUAGAUAUACAAACAGAUAAAAAGAGACAGGAAUGCACCAAUAAUAGUGAAAAAUCUCAAAAAACCCUCCAAUUACAUCAUGUGACCAGCUUAUUUACGAAGCUACAUCAACAUUGGUAAUGGUAAUGGUUUAAUUUAAUUUAAACAUGCAUCAGAUUACAAUUGAGUGCAUCCCAUAAUCAAUUCCCAGUUCCACAUGUCCAAAAGGAGUAGGAAGAAGCAAAACUUAUUAAAUCCUACCCCUCCAUCUGGUACUUUUACAAUCAGUAACUGUUACAUUUGUUCACUUCCUGCUUUCCAUAAUACAGUUUAAGUUUUUUUUGUUUUUUUUUAAACAUUUUUUUAACAUUAUUAACAUGGUUAUUACGCUCAACAACUACGUUACUGGCGUAGUGAUGCCUCGCCGCUGUGUUUUUAUUUUUGAGUUAUUAAGACUUAACGCGAGAUGUAGUUUUUGUUUCUAUGUUGCGCCCAGAAAGGACGUUCGGGUAAUGGUUAAAAUGACUAAAGUACAGCAAAAUACUGUAAGUAUUACAUGUUAUCAUGAAUGUACCUGGUUAUAGUUAUAAGUACAUAAAACCCUGCUGAAGGUUUUUGUAGGUGUUUUAAUCGCGGGAUUUGUACGUGUGUCCCGCCACCGGAGUACCCGCAGUUAUCCCAAUGCUAAUGUGUUAGUUAAAUCUUAUUCAUGUCUAAUAUGUCUUAUUUUCCGUUAUUAUGUCUCCUACAAUGGGUAACUCUUUUUAUGUGUUUUUAUAUCGAUAGAACGCAUAGGAAAAGAUGGAUGGAAAAAAAAAAAGUGCAGUUUUCCUUGAAGUCGACUUGAUCUCUGUUGACAGCCCGUCUAAGUCAAGUAUGUCAUCAAGUCCUGGUCUACCAUGUGUACGCUUAAGUCAACGGUCAAAGUACACGGUCGAUAUUAAAUUGAAUUGAAUUUCACUUGAAUGAAAAAUUGCUCCGUUAUUGUCAACGAGUAUUGUUGUAGUAUUGGAAGUACAGAAAAGGAACUUGCACCGAUGCUUGGUCACGGUUAAUGCAGUUUACAGGACGUCGACUUAAACGGGUUCCACUGUAUUUUUGUGAAGCCAAGCAUGUAAAAAAAAAAAAGUGUUGAUUUUACGAUAUCUUAUGGACUAGAACAGGGGUGGGCAAACUUUUUGACUCGUGGGCCGCAUUGAUAUAACAAAAUUUCCGGGGGGGGCAGACUAUAUAUUUUACACGUAACAGUCCACCUGGUAUUAUUGUAUCUGUAAAAUUGUCAUGCAAUCUGCUAUUAUUAUUUAUUAUUUUAUAUUUAUAUUUAAAUAUUUUAAAUAUAAUAAAAUAUUAUAAUAAUUAAAAUAAAAUUAAAAUAAUAAUUAUUAUAUUAUGUAAAAUAUGCAAAUAUAACAAUAUUAUUAUAUAUAAUUAAUAUAAUAAUUAGCAUUAAUAUAAUAAAUAUAAUAAUCAUAAUAGUUAUAAUAAUAAUAUAAUGAUUAUUAUUUUAAUUUUUAUUAUUAUUAUGUGCUUGUGUCUCUUUUUUCAGGAGCACUUUGUAAACAACAGACCAUGUCAAACAACGAAAUUGAUACAACCAUCAAAAGGUUGGCUCAGGCCAUGAUGCCAGGUUGUAUGUUGACUUUAAAUUCAAUACUUUGGAAAGAUUGGGCGGGCCGUAUUCAAACACUUGGCGGGCCGGAUGUGGCCCCCGGGCCGUAGUUUGCCCACCCCUGGACUAGAAUCUGCUUUAAAUCGACAUCGUUUGACCAAAGUGCAAUAUGACUUGAAUAAUUCACAUCAUACGACGAAUCACUGGUCGGCAACUUUAAAUUCAUAACAUGGCAGCUGUAACGGUCCGUUCCGUAACAUUCUUCCUUCGACGCUGGUGAAGUCAAACCGCAAGUCCAAAGUGUGAUGAGCGCUUCCCCCGCCAGGUGGACGGUGGCGUGUAACUGUCAGGAAAAGUAGUACUUGAGUCGAUAUCUCAGCUUGAGCCUCGUGCCUCAGCCUACAGGCCUUACACCACGUCUGUGUCGCGGAAAAGAUCAUCCUGCGUAUAUUGUGAUUGCGUUUUAACGUCUCGGCGUACUCCCGUCGUUAUCGUUGAGAAGUCUUUUCAUCGAAACUUCGGGCUGCCGACGAGACAGGAUGGCGCUCGCACACAAUCAAGAGGGCUGCUUACCGCUUUGCUGCUAGCCGCCGGCUCUCUAUCUAUCGCAUCUCCAGUAAUAAAACACGUUGACGUUGUCUGUGAAGCCAAUAUAUAUAAUGCAACAUAAAUGCAGGGUCAAAGGUCAUUUGUGCCUUUUAUUGCACAGACUGCUCGUUCUUAAAUGAGUGUAAAUGUGUGUACAGUUAUUUUGUUUUUUUUAAAUAUGCCAAUAUGCAUGUGACCAAGCCAUGUACGAUAGCGUUGCGGUGUAAAUAAUGUAAGUAAAUACUGUAUUUAACGAAGAAUACAAUGUUCCCUCGACAGAAUAAAUAGUUGACAAAA